CUUCCCGCCACUUCUGGCAUCGCAUAUCGCUAAAAUUACGCCGCUGUUGAAAUUCAGAAGUAUUUCAGUUUUGGGAAAGAAAACAAUUUAAAGUAAAGAACAUAAUGGCGCCGAUUGCAAGUCUAACAACAGGAGUGAUUGCGCGCAUCAUGCAUGGCGAGGAUGUUCCGUCACCGGUGCUUCAAAUUCUGGGCAUUAAGAGAAUCAAUACGAAUUCGGAUCAGGAACGAUAUCGCUUGCUUAUGUCAGAUGGAAAGUACUACAAUAGCUAUGCCAUGUUGGCGAGCCAACUCAAUGAAAUGCAGCACAAGGGACUGCUCAACGAGAACACAAUCGUACGUCUGGAUAAGUACAUGACCUCGAUGGUGGGCAAAGAAGGCUCUGGCAAGCGAGUCCUCAUUGUGACCGAGUUAACAGUAUUGAAUUCGGGUGAUGAGGUAAAAACAAAGAUUGGCGAGCCUGUAACUUAUGAGAAUGCAGCCAAACAAGACACUGCUCCAAAAGCAGCUCCGGUUCAAGCAAGUAUGCCCGUCAAAAAGGAGCAAUCAUACAACCAAACAAAUAACAACAACAACAACACAAUGGACAGCACACUUAAUGCAGGACUAACACAUCCCAUUAGUAGUCUUAGUCCAUAUCAGAACAAGUGGGUUAUCAAGGCUCGCGUCACUUCGAAGACCGCUAUACGCACCUGGAGUAAUGCACGUGGCGAGGGCAAGCUUUUCAGCAUGGAUUUAAUGGACGAAUCUGGUGAAAUUCGUGCCACUGCUUUUAAGGAGCAGUGCGAUAAGUUCUACGAUUUAAUCGAGGUCGACAAUGUCUACUUCUUUUCCAAAUGCCAGCUGAAACCGGCCAAUAAGCAGUAUUCUCAACUCAAAAAUGAUUAUGAGAUGACCUUCACAGGCGAGACAGUGGUGCAGUUGUGCGAGGAUGCCGAUGAUGGAGGAAUUCCCGAAAUAAAAUUUGAUUUGGUACCAAUCUCCGAAAUAGCGAGCAUGGAGAACAAGGCAUCCGUUGAUACAAUUGGCAUUUGCAAAGAUGUUGGCGAGUUGCAGGCUUUCACAUCCCGAACUACCAACAAGGAGUUCAAGAAACGCGAUCUUACGUUGGUAGAUAUGAGUAAUGCUGCUGUCACUCUGACACUAUGGGGUGACGAAGCAGUUAAUUUCGAUGGACAUGUGCAGCCAGUGAUUUUAGUCAAGGGAUCUCGCAUUAACGAAUUUAAUGGCGGCAAAAGUCUCAGUAUGGGCGGUGGAUCAAUUUUGAAAAUUAACCCAGACAUGCCAGAGGCACACAAGCUGCGCGGUUGGUUCGACAAUGGCGGUGGAGACAGUGUAAGCAACAUGGUUUCGGCACGCACCGGUGGCGGGAGCUUCAACAGCGAUUGGGUCACACUGAAGGACGCACGCAUGCGAAAUCUAGGCUCUGGUGACAAACCCGACUACUUCCAAUGUAAGGCCGUCGUUCACAUAGUUAAGCAGGAGAACGCAUUCUAUAAAGCCUGUCCCCAGACGGAAUGUAACAAGAAGGUCGUGGACGAGGGCAACGGACAGUAUCGCUGCGAGCGUUGUAAUGCUGCGUAUCCCAACUUUAAAUACCGUCUACUAGUAAAUAUGAGCAUUGGAGAUUGGACGUCGAACCGUUGGGUGACCUGCUUCAACGAGGCUGGCGAGCAAUUGCUAAAGCACACUGCUCAGGAAGUUGGCGAAGCUUUGGAGAAUGAUCCAGCUGCUGCUGAGAAAAUGUUUGCAGAUAUUAAUUUUUCAUCUUUCAUAUUUAAAUUGCGUUGCAAGAAUGAGAUGUACGGCGACAUGACUCGGAACAAGUUAUCUGUACAGUCUAUGAAUCCGAUAAAUUACAAAGAAUACAACAAGCAUUUGAUCAAAGAGCUUAAGGAUAUGACAGGCAUUGGACCUUCAAAUUAAGUUGAUCACGUGCGGUGCGCGUAAUAAGAGUAAUAUUAAUUCCAUACAUUAAGAUUAAAUAUUGAAUAAACACAUGCAUUGAAUGAAAUAAAUUAUCUAAAAUUUGUACUUGUGA